AUGACAAGUAUAUUCUCCAAAUCACAAGCGUUGACUUUUCUGCAUAUUGUUUUUAAAUAUUAUACCGAAAUGAUACCUGGUGUUGGCGAAUUUCAGUGUCUUACAAAUUUAUUUGACUCUAGUCAAUCAGCAUUCGAACGACUAGCGUGCUUAAUUAAUGAUAAAUUAGCAUUGAUGUUAGACAUGCUGGAACACACGGACGUACUGAUGGGAAAUAAGGUUUAUGAAAUCGCUCAACAAACGGCUAAACUUCAGUAUAAAAGUCCUCAUGCAAUUGCUUGUUUAUAUGAUCUGUAG